GGACUGUUUUGAAGUUACCACAAGGGAAGUAAUGUCCGUCAGAUGUUGUAUACUGCAGUCUACCCGAACCGUUUAGGCAGUUUGUUACAGAAAUACCUGCUUGAAUAUCUUCCUCCGGCUUUUUGUCCAAAGUGAAUGAUCAGAGCACAGCUAAGAUGUUCGCGGGGCUGCCGGAACUCGGGAUAGCCAAUGGCGAAGACUUAAAGGAAACUCUGACCAACUGCACAGAGCCUUUGAAAGCCAUUGAUCAGUUUCAGAUGGAAAAUGGCAUCCUGCUCCCUACACUGCAGUCUGCUUUGCCCUUCCUCGACCUUCAUGGAACACCUCGGUUGGAGUUCCACCAGUCCGUCUUCGACGAGCUUCGUGAAAAACUGAUGGAGCAAGUGGCCGUCAUUGCAGAGGGCAAGGAUGAAGACAGAUAUGGAAAGCUUGAAGAGCUGUUGGAAAAGAGCUUUCCUCUGGUGAAAAUGACUUCCAUACAGCCAGUGGUGAUGCAGGUUCUGAAGCAUCUCCCUAAGGUACCAGAAAAGAAACUGAAGAUGGUCAUGGCGGACAAGGAGCUCUACAAAGUUUGUGCUGUCGAGGUAAAAAGACAGAUAUGGCAGGACAACCAGGCUCUGUUCGGAGACGAGGUAUCCCCCCUUCUGAAGCAGUACAUUGUGGAGAAGGAAGCAGCUCUUUUCAGCAGCGACCUCUCCAUUCUACACAACUUCUUCAGUCCAACACCAAAAGCACGGCGCCAGGGCGAGGUGGUGUUAAAACUCACCCAAAUGAUUGGGAAGAAUGUAAAGCUGUAUGACAUGGUGCUGCAGUUCUUACGGACACUCUUCCUGCGAACUCGAAAUGUUCACUACUGCACUCUGAGAGCAGAGCUGCUAAUGUCUUUACAUGACCUGGACAUAAGCGAAAUUUGCUCUGUGGACCCCUGCCACAAGUUUACUUGGUGUUUGGACGCCUGCAUCCGUGAGAAAUUUGUGGAUGGCAAACGAGCCAGAGAGCUGCAAGGUUUCCUGGAUGGUGUGAAGAAGGGACAAGAGCAGGUCCUUGGAGAUUUGUCCAUGAUUCUGUGUGAUCCGUUUGCCUGCAACACAUUGGUCCUAAGUAUAAUAAGAAACAUACAGGAGCUGCUGAGUCAAGAUGCUUUACCAAGAGACAGCCCCGACCUGAUGCUCCUUCUGAGGAUGCUGUCUCUGGGUCAGGGAGCAUGGGACAUGAUCGACAGCCAGGUCUUUAAAGAGCCUCGUAUGGAUUUAGAGGUGGUGACCCGCUUCCUGCCCGCAAUGAUGUCUGUGGUUGUUGAUGAUCACACAUUCGUUGUAGAACAGAAGCUUCCCAGUGAAGAGAAAUUAUCCCUGACUUAUCCCACAGCCCUCCCAGAUGCAUUCACCAGAUACCUCCAGGACAACAGAGUUGCUUCUGAAAUGGGGCUCUACUAUAUUCUCCACAUCGCCAAACUGAGGAACAAGAAUGCUUUGCAGAGGUUGCUGCCUGCUCUGGUGGAGACGUAUAAUGACAUGGCUUUUGGUGACAUCUUCCUACACCUGCUGACUGGGCACCUCACCCUGCUCUCUGAUGAGUUUGGAUCAGAGGAGUUUUGCACUGUUGUAUUUGAUAGCUUCCUCCUAACGUCAUUCUCCAGUAAAGAAAAUGUCCACAGACACAUUCUCCGCUUGUUGCUGCAUCUCCAUCACAAAGUGCUGCCCUCAUAUCUGGAAACACUGAUGCAAACGCUCGAGCCUCCAAAACAGUGCAGUGAGCCACUUAAGGAGCUGCACAACCAGCUGACAGAAAAACUGGAGGCCCAAAAGAAGAGUCCGGCACCACCAGACGACUCUUCUUCUAUGGACCUGGGGCUGCAUCCUGUACCGGUGCCCACCACCACUGUCCCAACCCCACCUCUCUGAGAGGGGCCCAUAUAUUGACAAGGCUGGAGCUCAGUCAGUAUAUAAAUACUUUAACUGGCCUGCAUUAUGAUUGGGCUGUGUUAUUGUUAGUGAUUCACUCUUGCUUCAUAUUUGCCAUCAAGAAUUUUCCGUCAGGACCUCUCUUUUAUAAAAUUUUGUCUUGCAAUUUGUUUAGAUAUAUGAUAUUUUUAUAUGUAUCUCAGUUACCUUUGUGAAAAUUUGAAAAGUGCCAGUGGUGUAAAUAAAGUUAUUUAGGAAACUGUA